AUGGCUUCAAAGUUUUUAAGAGAAUACAAACUCGUCGUCGUUGGUGGUGGUGGUGUCGGAAAGUCAUGCUUGACCAUCCAAUUGAUCCAGAGCCACUUCGUGGAUGAAUAUGACCCGACAAUUGAAGAUUCCUACCGCAAGCAGUGCGUCAUCGAUGAGGAGGUGGCAUUGUUGGACGUUCUAGAUACUGCCGGACAGGAAGAAUACUCGGCGAUGCGUGAACAGUACAUGCGAACCGGCGAAGGUUUCCUUCUCGUCUACUCGAUAACGUCGCGCCAAUCAUUCGAGGAAAUUAUGACUUUCCAACAACAGAUCCUGCGAGUCAAGGAUAAGGACUACUUCCCCAUCAUCGUGGUCGGCAACAAGUGCGAUUUGGAAAAGGAGAGGGCUGUUUCUGAAGAAGAGGGUGAGGCUCUAGCACGGCAGUUUGGCUGUAAGUUCAUCGAGACAUCCGCCAAGUCCCGUAUCAACGUUGAGAACGCUUUCUACGACCUGGUGCGCGAGAUUCGUCGGUUCAACAAAGAGAUGUCAUCGUACCCGUCUGGCGCGGGUGGCGGCUCACGCGCCCCGGAAGGAAAAAUGGACGUCAGCGAGCCUGGCGAUGACGCUGGCUGCUGUGGAAAAUGUAUAAUUAUGUAA